AUGUCUAAAUUCGACGCUGCCCCUCCAAAUACACAUGCUGGUGGUAAUGACGAUGCCCUUCGCACAAAGGGCAGCGAUCCGCUCAACGCUCCUCCCACGUAUGAGGUAGCCGAUGAAAGAGUCAACAUGGAAGAGUAUGCUAGGACAGUGCCAAGAUGGAAGAGAAUCUGGCAACACAGUUUGACACAAAUGAUGUUACUCAGUGUGCAGGCCUUCUGUGGCCCUGCCAUGGCUGAUGCUAUCGCCGGUCUCGGUGGAGGUGGUCUCGCAACCCCUCAAACCUCGAACAUUGCGACGGCUGUCAACUACACAAUGCUGGCUGUCUGCUGUGCCCUCGGUGGACCCAUUGUUAACAAACUUGGAACAAAGUGGGCAUUGGUCAUCGGUGCUUGCUCGUUUCCAAUUCGAGGCUCUUCAUACUACUGCAAUUCCAAGUUUGGAAACCAGUGGUACCUGAUUUUAGGUGGCUUCUUCACUGGCAUUGGCACCGGCACUUGGUAUGUAGCUGAGUCGGGCACCAUUAUGUCUCUUGCACCAUCCGGAUCUCGUGGCAAAUACUUAGCUCUUUGGAUCGUUGCUCGAAACUUGGGGCAGCUAGUCGGCGGUGCUAUCAAUCUGUCGAAAAAUCACGAGAAAGGUGUAGUCGGUGGUGUAACACCCGAUACAUAUGUCGCUUUCUUGAUUAUCGAAUGCAUGGCCUUGCCCUUUGCCUUCCUCAUAUCCCCUCUUGAACGAGUCGUACGCUCGGACGGAACGCGUAUCCUAGUAUCCGAGAAAAUUGGCACCAAGAUGGAAUUCAAACAGAUCAAGAUAACUAUGACCUCAAAGCUGAUCCUACUAUCUGCUUUCUGGGCUAUAUGGUCUUUCUUCUACAGUGGUACAUGGUCCACUUAUCUUGGUACCUACUUCAGCGUCCGCGCCCGCGCACUCUCCUCCCUUAUCUCGCCUUUCUUUUGCAUCGUUGGAUGCUUCGGUUUGGGCUUCAUACUUGAUCUCAAGGGUGUCAGUCAACGACGUCGCGCACAGAUUGGUCUCUUCACGGUCGUGCUCCUCAACCUUGGCGUGUACAUCUGGUCGAUUGUCAUGCAAGCUCGUUUCAACAGCAACAACCCCGGAAAGAUCGAUUGGGACGAUUCGUUGUAUGCGCGUUCCUUCUUGCCGUACUUCUUUGUUCAAACCACCGCCAACGUACGCAAUGGUGCAGCUUUCCGCUGUCUUGAGGCCAUCGGACAAGCCAUCUCGUACGGCAUGAACACGCAGAUCAAGACAUCGCCUCUAAUCGGAUUCUGCGUCACAUUCGCAUUGAUGGCUCUUGCUCUAGGCCCGAUGCUGGUACUGGUGAAUUCAACACCAGACCGCAUCCCUGCGGAUGUGAUUGCGGAAGAGCAGUGUCGCCAAGAGAAGAAGAUAGACAAUGUUGAGGUUGAGACCAAGGUAUGA